UCCUUAAUUGUCUGGCAGUGUAGAUGUACACACAGAAUGGCACAAAUAUAUGUAUCAGCUCUGGUCCUCUACGGCUUCUGUUUGACCCCUGUCAUGUUGGUCUCUCCGCCACUCUCAGUGGUGGUCCAUCCUGGGGAUAAUGUCACCCUACAGUGCACUGAUGUCCUUAAAGGACCAGGACACGUUGCCUGGUUCAAACAAGUCAACGUCUCAGAGCCUCUGUGCAUCGCGUCUAUGUACAGCUCUCAGCCGUAUGUCAAGCAUCACAAUGGUUUUCAGCCCAGCCAUGUGGAAAUGUUCAUCAGCAAUAGAAUAAUUUUCCUCAAAAUCACAGAGGUGAAUGUAGCUGAUUCUGGUGUGUACUGCUGUGGAAUGUACAAUCAGUACUUAAUCUUCACCAACAUGACUUUCCUGAUGGUUCAAGGUUACAAGGAUUCUGACAAAGAGCCAGAGAAAUGUCCUGAAGGAGAGGAUGAUGAACCCAUCAUGUACCUCCUUCCCCUGGUUGUGAUCCUGGGUGUUGUGACUGCUGUCCUCCUGAUAGUCAUCCUCAUCUUGGUCCUCAAGAUCAUACAAGAUGCAAAAAGACAAAACACAGAACGUGAUUCUCAAAGACAACUACAAAAUUAUCAGAUCCAAGAUUCAGAUGCAUUGAAUUAUGCCACCCUAAAUUUCAUCUCCAAGAAGAGGAAAAUGGAGAAGAGAAGAGAGAAGGAGCUGGACACCCAUGUAGUGUAUACUGCUUCAAGAUGACAACGUGGAGGAGGAUGGAAGAGGAGGGAAAUUGGUUGGCCAUAUCUUUGAAUAUAUUGAUUUGCCAUAUCUUUCAAUACAAGUUUAAAUCUUGCUAUAUUGUAUCUGUGUAGAUCAAUUACAUGUAUUGAAAUGUAAAUCAGCAAAUAUCUCUGUAGUGUUUGUUAGUUGUACCUUAGGGCCACUCUAGCUCUCUCCAACACAGUUAGGUCACACAGCUCAGGUGGUACUGGGUGUGGUUAGAGAGUUAGAAGUAAAAACACUGUUUAAUGGCCGCAGAGGAUCAGUUGCCUCUUUUCGCCUCUCUUAACUUAGAUCUCUGUUAUGUGUGUGUGUGUUAGUGACAUGGUAUUUUUUUGUUUAAAGGGUGUACCCAGCAGUAGACAAUUGCAUAAUACUGAUCACAUAGAAAGAUAAAGAGAUAAAUCAAAA